AUGUUCAACAAGGAAACCAUCGAAAGGCGAAGGAGACUUUGGAGAGAAUAUUGGAAAUACAAACGAAGGAAUUUGGUGAAGAUGAUCUUGCUUUUGGCCUCGACACUCACUAACAUUGGGAAUUCGCUACUGAGGGAAGGGAAGCUCAAUGAAGCUUUGGAGAAAUUCGAAAGGGUUCUUGCGAUCCAGUUGAAGAAAUUGGGAAGACAUCUGGAUACAGCCGAUACCUACGAAAGCAUUGGCCACGUCUAUAGUGAACAACAAAACGACCAAAGAUGCGAAAAGAUGUUACGAAAAGCAUUGGAUAUCAAGCUCGAAAUUUUGCCGCAAGAAGACAUUUCUGAUUUGUCGGAUCUGUACCAGCGCCUAGCCAUGUCAUUGCAAUUACAAGGCAAGUCUUCAGAAGCAAUCAAGACGCACAAACUCGCACUUCCAUCACUACUACAAAAGCAUGGAGAAGAGCAUCCUGCUGUUAUAGAGUCAUACAGUGGCAUUGCCAUACUGCUGGCAAACCAAAUGAGAUUUGACGAUGCUCUGCAGAUGCUUGAUAAAAGCAUCGAAAUUUGUUCUCGACUACAAGAAACGGGAAACUUCGAGACAGAUCUGUUGGCAAGAUCGCUCGCCAACAAAGGACACUGCCUAAAAAUACAAGGGAGAUUGGAUAGUGCCACGAAGCACUUCACCAAAGCGCUAACGGUAAGAAAGGAAGCGCUAGGUGAAAUGCACCCAUUGACAGCAGAAUUUUAUGAAAAUCUUGGAGACGUCCAUGUCCGACAAGAGAUGCUGGAAGUUGGCAUCCAUGUUCUCACCAAGAGUCUGGAGAUUCCACAGGAGUAUCGCGAAGGAACUGAACGAUCAGGGUAUCGCAAUGAAGAAACAGGGCGAUUCAGAAAAGGCAAUACGGCUCUUCCGAGACGCGAAGGAACUGAACGACGAGGGACUGAGAAUGAAGGCGAUGCAGAAACGACAAUACAACUCUUCCAAGAGUCGCUGGAUGUUUAUAAGGAAGCCAACGAGGAAACCAAUGGUGUUCAUCCCCACAUGGCAGUUGUCUAUGAAAAUAUUUCUUCUGUGAAAGUUGACAACGGUUUGCUGGAAGAUGGCAUUGCUGCGAGUGCCGAAGCCCUCAAGAUUCGCCGAAGAAUAGAUGGGAACGAUCAUGUUGACACGAAAAGGCGUAUGGAAGUACAUAGGUCUCAUACAUAUAUGCUGUAUUUGUCAACAGCUUGUUGCUUCUACCGAGAAUAA